AAUCUGAUAAAUAUACCCAUUGCUCAUUCAAUGCUGACCCACACUUUUCUCCCUCCACCAAACAUCCCUCCAUUUUUACUUACAAGUAACAUCAUAUCCAUCAUCAUAUAAAUGGGUUGUUGAAUCUCGUUAGGCUGCCACCACCAUUUCUAGCUUUCUGCACUGUUCUCAGCUCUCUUUAAUAGCGCAGCAGAUAAAGAAAAGCUUAAAGUAGAAACAAAUUAAAAGCUGUGCAAAAGAUGAGAGAGAGAGAUGGGUUAGUUUAAUUUUGUGGGUGGAAUUUGAGUUUUUGGGUUUAUGGUGAUGGAAGUUGAAUGGCAGGGAAAAGAAGAAGAAAGUGGUAAAGGAGAGUAUAAAAGCGAGUGAGCUGAGUCAUCAAAGAUUCUGAGUCUGGAUCCUCGGAAGAAUCAGCGCCGCCCCCAAGAACCGCCAUUGCAUCAUGGGAGAUUAGGAGAAACGCCGCCGCCGGAAAACGUGGCCGAACAUGCAAAAUUAUUGGAGGAAAAUAUGGGAGAGAAUCAGAAUCAAAAUCAGCGGAGUUGGUCGAGAUUGGGAGUUGUUCGGAACGGGGAGAUAGUGGAAGUGCGAGGCGGCGGGCACAUUGUGCGGUCAACGGGAAGAAAAGACCGUCACAGUAAGGUUUGCACGGCGAAAGGGCCAAGGGACCGCCGCGUUCGCCUCUCCGCUCACACCGCAAUUCAAUUCUACGACGUACAGGACCGCCUUGGCUAUGACCGGCCCAGCAAGGCCGUGGAUUGGCUGAUGAAGAAGGCCAAGCCCGCCAUUGAUGAGCUGGCUCAACUUCCCGCCUGGAAACCCAUCAUCCACCACGGCGAGAAUAGUAGUGUUGUUGUUGCAGGGCCGUCUUCUUCUUCGUGUAAAACAGUGGGGGAGAAUGAGAAUCAUGGGUCCAGCUUUUUGCCGCCCACGACUUCCAUGGAUACAUUAAUAAAGAGCUUCUUCCCCAUCCCUAAUUCUAAUUCUUCUGCUAAUGCUAUGCACUUUCAAAGCCAAGAUUUAAGGCUGUCUUUACAGUCUUUCCAAGAUCCUACUAUCCUGCUCCACCACGCGCCGCCGGCUAGCCAUGGAGAAUCACAACACCUUUUCGCCGCUACUCAGCUUGGGUUCAAUGCUUCUGAGCAUCACCAGAGACUAGCGGUAUGGAAUGCCGGCAUAGACUCCGCCGCCGGCGACGGUGAGAGAGUAUCUUCCGGAACAGAGGGAUACUUAUUCAAUUCACCGGCACCGGCGGCGGCGGCGUUGUAUGAGCAGGUGGUGGGUGGAGAGAGCCACCCCCAGUUUUUAUGUUCACAGAGGGGACCCCUUCAGUCCAGCAACACACCUUGGAUUCGUGGUUGGACGGAACCAUCGGCGGCGAUAGCCAUAACAGCCGCCGCUGAUCCCACCCAGCACCAAACGCUACCUUUUUAUCCGUCGCCGCUAUCCUCCGGAUUAGACGGAUUCUCAGGUUUCCGCAUCCCUGCGCGAAUCCAAGGUGAAGAAGAAGAGGAGCACGAUGGCAUUUCCGACAAGCUAUCCUCUGCUUCCUCUCACUCUUGCCAUUGAGAUUAUUCCUCACUUUUUGUCUCUCCAAACACUUUGGGUCUUCAUCUUUAAUUUUAACAGCAUUACCUCACAUCCACAAAUAGAUGAAAGGGGAGAUACCUCAUAUCAUUUCUGCUGAGUCUAAUCCAAUGGAGACAACCACAGGAACAACAAAUCUGAGCAUAGUUUCAGGUUUUUGAAUUCCCUGUUUGCUAUCUAUCUUUCAAUUUCAAUUUCUCUAAGUUUGCUAAGCUGUGUUAGAACUGAACUAUGGAGUAUGUUUUUAUGUUGCCAUUGAAUUGGCUUAUUACUCUUUGCUUGUUGAAUUUCCAGAUUUAUAAGCCAAGAUUACUACUUGUUUUAAACAGAUCGAUUUUCGUGUU